AUGUCUCAAAAUAAUAAUAAUAACAACAAUAACAACAAUGAGCAUGGAAAGGUAUUCUCAUCUGUAUUUGCUUAUUGGGACACAAAAGAUAAAAGAGUGGCUCAAUCACAAAGAUUAAAUGGGUUUAUGAGAAGAGCUCCACCACAACAACAACAACAACAACAACCAAUAAACCAAAAUAAUAAUAACAAUAAUAAUCAACAACCAACACUUUCAGCAACUGUUGUAAAUGAAGGAAUUGUUGUUGUCCCUCAACAACCACAACAACAACAACAAACCUCACAAUUAGUUCCUGAUCAAGCAUCUGCUCCCAUUCAAGAACAAGAUCAAGUUCAAGAACAAAAACAGCAAGAAGUUGAAAGUAAAGUUAUUGAAAUUAAACAAGAACAACAACAACAAGAACUUUUAACAAUACCAAUAGCUCAAUCAUCAACUGGAUAUUUAAAUCAAUUACCAUUAACAUCACCAGAUAGUGGCAGUGGUAAUGAUGAUUUAUUGGUUGGUGAAGAACCUCUUCGUAGUGGAAUCACAACCUCUAGUAGAUCAAACUAUGAUAAUUUCAAUAGUGCUCAACCAGUCGUUAAUCCAAAUCCAGAUGAUUCAAACAUUGAAGAUAUGGUAAAGAGAGAUUCAGAGUUGUCACAGCAACCAACCCAAUACGGAUCUGCCUAUGGUUCUGCCUAUGGAUCCGUAUAUGGUACUGGUUAUGGUUAUGAUACCGGUGACUAUACAGACGAUGGAGAUUUGGGUGACACUUAUGAUCCAAAUUUAGAGCGUGACAUUUCACAAGAGAAAAUGUUAUUGUUGGAGAUUCUUUGUGAAAGAAACUCACUCUCUUAUAUUUCAGGAGGAGAUCAUCAUCACUUUGAUGAAAUUCAACAACAAAAACUAUUUGCAGAAGAAACAUCCGAUCUUUUGCAUCAUCAAAAAAAUUUAUCUCAAAAUAUUAGCUCUACAUUGGCCAAUAAGGGUUAUUCAACUCCAUCAGAUGCUGGUCUAAUUAGUGAUAACAAUAAUAAUAAUAAUAAUAAUAAUAAUAAUAAUAAUAAUAAUAAUGUACCAGAAAUUAAAUCAUCAACCAAUUAUUAUGUAAGUUCAGCUUUACAACAACAAAGUAAUAAUUAUUCUCAUCCAAGAGCAUUGACUGAAGGUCGUGAAACACCAUUCCCAACCUCUGAUGAAGAUGUUCUGACCAGUUGGAAUAGUCAAUUCCAAAGACUUCAAGAAAUGGAUGAUUGUUUGGAAAAGUUUGAAAAACUUUCAAGUUUAGAAUCUGAUUUUGUUUAUGCUGCUGAAUCAUAUGGUAGAAUUAUUAUUUCAGAACAUUUACUAUCAAAUGAAUUAAAGACAAUUAAACCGGUUAGUGUUGGAGGUAUUGCAGGUGGAGAGAAAUACAUUGUACAAGGUAUUUUGUUCAAGUUUGCCGUUGAAAGUGAUACCUAUGGUUUGUAUGGCUCGGAUGAGAAUGCUGCCAAGACGGCUGCCCAUGAACUCAAUGGAUGUACAGCCUUUUUGAACUGUGGUAUCAAGGGUCUUCAUGUACCACUCAUGGCCUAUAUUGACUAUCGUGGUUUUAGAUUGAUGGCAAUGUCUCUGCUACCAAUCACCAAAAAGACUUUGGUCUAUGGAUCAAGUGAUGCCGGUCAAACUGUUCACACAUCAAACACCAUGUUUAACCAUUUGUUCACAUCGGCUGCCAAAGUACUCAAUCUCAAGCCACACGUUGUCGAAGACUCUACAGGCGGUGAGUUGCGUACCAUCUAUGGUCCCAUUGAUAUUGAAGGUCAUGUUGGUACAGACGGACGUUUCUAUCUUUUAGAUUACGCCCGUCUUGCACCACCCGAGCCACCCGUUCACAGAGGUGCCUAUCUCUACCGUCAUAUGCGUCUCGAGUUUGUGCGUAUCUAUGAAAAGGCUCUUUGCAGUGACGCAUUCUCUCCCAUGACCCCCAUUGGCAUUGAAUUGCACAAUGCAGAGGCCAACGAGGCCUACACCUUCCUCAACACCACCAUUGUCCCCAGAGUGGCCAGACAUCUCAACAAUAUGGACUCUAAUCACAUCUAUGAUAUCAACUUUGCCAAGUUAAUGCACAGCGAAGGUCUCAAUAUCCGUCUGCUCGGUAGUCUUCGUCGUCUCUCUCCCAAGCUCUCCACCAGACAUUUCCUCAUGAGAGAAGCAAUGACCAGAACACUCAAAUGUCUAACAAGAGAAUUAUUAAGAAGAGAAAUGAAGAAAACUCAUUUACCUUCUGACUAUCCUUAUAGAAAAAUCAUAUUAAACUUUUUAAAUUUAAUUUUUGGAAAGAGUGAUGGUACUAAACAAUUCUUGAAUGAUAUAUUAAAGGUAAAGAUGGAAAGAAAGUUUAAGGAUCUUUUCAAGAAACCAUUGUAUACUAUAGCAGACGAUGAAGUGGAUGAAGGUGACGAUGGAUCAAAGGUACUUCAAUUUGACUAUGAAGUCGAGGAGAAUCCAUUCGAGUGCUUCUUGGACUCUGGUGCCUUUAGAUUCCAAGUGUUUAAAGAGUAUACUCAGUCGAUUGGUGUUACCAUCUCUUCGCAAUGCAAGGAUGAUUUCAAGAGAAAUUCAUUUAUUACAUUUGUCGAACCAGAUAUUUUGGACAUGUCGACCAAGAUUACUAGACUCAACCUUAUUGACUAUGCCGAUGGUAUGGCACUCUACUACAAGUCGAUGCUCUUGGACAAGGAAAAUAAUGCACGUAACCGUUUGUUGUCCAUGUCACGUGGUCGUCUAGAGCAAUCCUUGUCGUCAGUCUCGACAAACUAUGCCGCCGUCUUCCAGUUGGGUAAUGUCAUUCGUUUGAUGGCCCGUCUUGAAGAUGGAUCCCAUCGUGCUGAACCCUACAAGUUGGCCGAACGUACCUAUGGAUCGUUGGAGAAGCUUCGUGUCGAACAAAACCUACUCUACUUUGCCAAGAUCUACAGAGGCAAGACGAUUGUUGAAAGAGCCAAGUUUGAAGCCUUCUCGACCGAGACCUACCAAAGUUCCAUCACAGUCUUUGAAGAGGCCGAGGCACUCACCUCUAACAAGGCAAAGGCCAAGUAUUGCAAGGGUAGAGCGUAUGCCGCCUGGUUCAAACACGACGAAGACGCCAAACAAAACCAAGAAAAGUUUGAUAGAAUCAUCGAUACAUUCAAAUCGGUCUUUGUCGACGAGCCAAAUCAUGGAAAGGCCUAUUUGGCACUUGGAGAGACCUAUCUGUUGUACCGCGGUUUCCAUUCAUUGACAGACGAUGAAAUCUCGGAAUUCUACAACAAGGGUCUUUCUAUGAACCCAAGAUUGAUUAGAAGUCUCAGACCAUCGAUUAAUAUCCGUCCAUGGAUGUUUUUCAAUAUCUCCAAGACCUCCAAGACCAUGAAAGAGUUGGUCACCCAAAAACUCAAAGAGUCGGAAAUCCUCAAGGUGCCAAGCAGUGUUGAAUUGGGUGACGCAGACUUUGACUAUUUCUCUGAACUUCAACCCAGAAAAGUUAUCUUCCAGACUGGUAAUGAACCAUCAUCCCGUCACCUUUUAAAUUUCUGUCGUCACUUGUCCAAGUUUAAUUUCAGAGAGACCACCUUUUAUGAAGAGUCCUUUUCGUUUAUGGCAAAGAUCUCUACACUCACCUCUAUGAAUCUCGGUAAUACCAAGGGUAUCAACGACCGUUGUAUCCCAGGUCUCCUCGUCCCCACUCUUCGCAAGCUCAAGUUGUUUGGCAAUGCCGAUCUUAACGACGAGUCACUCCAACUCAUCUGCGACAAGGUGCCAGACCUCGAAGUACUUGAUCUCACCCAAUGCGCCUUUACCAGCGACGUUAUCAAGGAGAUUUGCAAGCUCACAAAGCUCAUCAAGCUCGGUGUCCCCAAGACUGCCACCUCUGGAAUUGUCAAGCAACUCUUGCUCGCCUUGCCCGCCCUCACUUCACUCGAUUUGUUGGAAUGCACCAACGUUGCCGAUGAAUUUUACGGAGUUGCCUUUACUCACUCUGAAUCGCUCAAAAAGGUCAGAGGUGCCGACUCAUUCCCAUACUUUUUAUUCCAGACUCAAGUCUUUAACAUUCAAACACCAACACUCCGUCCAGAGUUGAAAUGCAACAUGGGUCCAGACAAACACAGUCUAUUCUCGAUUAAUCUCAACGUCUUUGGUGUUGCACCCAAUGUCAAAAACAUUCAAUUCUUCUUUAACCGUGCACACUCUUUCGUCAAGUUCCGUAGUCACUUGGCCUUGCAAUCACGUGCCAACAAUGAUUUGGUCAAGUUGGCCAGUUUCAUGAUCUCUGAAAAACCAUUCUUUACCGUCAACAUUCAAAAGAUUGUCAAUCUUCGUGACUUUGCAGUCUCGGACAGAAACUUUAAGGUCCAAUUUACUGGAAACAUCACCAAGUUUGAACUCAUGUUUAACGAUACCAAAUACCAAGUAAACUACACCACCCAACCAACCAUCCAAGGUCCAGCCUUUACCUGUACACUCCACCAAAACAAUGACCCCAUCAUGAUCAUCUCCAACACCAAGUCUAUGAAAAUGAGUAUAGAAAUCACUAUCAAGAAACCAAUUCUAUCUCAUAUCUUUGCUUUCUUGAUGAGUGUUUGUCAUCCUUCUGUAAACAGAUAA